AUGAUGAUGUGGCAGAGGUGGGAGGCGGUGCAAACGGGGAGCGUCGGCCGAGCGAAGAUCGAGGGCGGAGCGCGGAGACAGAGGUGGGUGUCGCUAGCGGAAGACCUGCGGUGGCCGCUCACGGUGUCGGGCGGAGUACGCGGCGACCGGAGCUGUGACGCGGGAGGCGCCGGUGGCUGCAGCGAGCGCUGGGCGAGACGCGGGGAUCUGGAGCGGGGAGGACGUGCUGCGGGGAGGCAGGUGUGGCGCCGGGAAGCAGCGCUGGCGGUGGACGCUGCGGGGGGCCUUCACCGGUGGGAGCACAGGUUACGGAACGCGUCAGGUACGGACCCUGCGGCACGAACGGAAUCUGCAGACCUGCGCAGGCAGGGGGUUUAUCUCGUUUUGGCUGCAUUGAUUAUGGCCUUUGCUGCUGCUGACAGAGAUAAGGAUAACAGAAAUGGUCCGCGGGAUAAUUUUCACAGAAAUGGUCCGCGGGAAGAUUUCUACAGAGGGCGUUGUAAUCGAGCAGAAUCCAUUGUGUUUAACAACGUGAAAGCUGCGUUUGAAAGAGAUCCAGGAGUGGCUCCUGGGCUUAUAAGGAUGCACUUCCACGACUGCUUCGUAAGGGGAUGCGACGGGUCCGUGCUUAUCGACUCCACUCCAGACAAUAAGGCGGAAAAAGAUUCACCGGCUAACAAUCCGAGCCUUCGUGGGUUUGAAGUGAUUGACGCAGCGAAAGCAGAACUGGAAGCUGUCUGUCCUGAGACUGUUUCUUGUGCAGACAUACUUGCAUUUGCCGCUAGGGAUAGCGCAUUUCUGACAUCUCCAUUUGGACGAGCACGGUGGCAAGUGAAGGGUGGACGAAAAGACGGAAAGAUUUCAUUGGCUUCAGACACCACAGCAGAUAAUCUGCCCUCCCCAGCUGCCACUGUGGAUCAGCUAACAAAAGUGUUUGUAGAUAAGGGAUUGUCCCAACAAGACAUGGUCAUUUUAUCUGGUGCUCAUACAAUUGGCGUUUCCCACUGUAAUUUCUUCGUAUUGCAGAGGCUCUACAACUUCAACAGCACUCAUUCCACAGACCCAUCAUUAGAUCCCAGCUAUGCCGCAGAACUGAAAGAAAAGUGCCCUGCAAACACCACCGACAACAACAUCACAGUGCGUUUGGAUAGCAGCACUUUGGAAGAUAUCUUGGAUAACAACUACUAUGAUGAAGUUACAAAGAACCGCGGGUUAUUUGUUUCGGAUGCAACGUUGCUGACAGAUCCCAAUACUUACCAAGUUGUGCAACAGUGCGCUGCCUCAAAUAUGUUCUUCUGGGGAAAGUUCUCGGAUGCAAUGGCCAGGCUGGCAGAUGUUGGUGUUCUCACAGGAGAGGAUGGAGAAAUCCGCCUCAAUUGCAGGAAGAUUAAUAACUAG